UGCGCCCCACCCCACACGCGUCCGCCAUCUGUCCUUUCACACGCGGUCGGCAUUCCCACGUACGGGCCUAACGGGACGACCGUUAACCUCAAAACUAGCCCAAAACCAAGUCAAAACCCUCAUUUACGCAUUUCUACAUCCCCGCGUGCUUGAACUGGCCUUCCCUGACCCCAUUCUUCUCCCCUCACCCGAGUUCUCCUUCUCCGGCACCGGCGACCGCUCCGGUGAGUUCAUCUUGACCGGGUAUUCUCCAAAGAUAUUGGCCGUUCUCUGAGAAAUAGUCGUUCUCACGACAAGUGUGGCAAAUCAAUGGCCAAAUCCACCAUGAAAGCAAUUGUUUCUAGCAAGGGAAACGGUGGCGCUGGCAAACCAAGGAAGAAAUCAAAUUACGGGAUUGAAAGGCAACCAAGAAGUGAGGCCAUUGAAGCUGCAUCUUCGUACAAAACAGAAUUUCCACAGUUCGCAGCACUUUGUGGAAAGUCCAGAAGAAGCCAUAUGGUUGUUCCAAAGGCUAUAGCAAGAAAAGUUGGGAUCACAGGCAAGGGAAAAACAGUGCUGUUGGAUCCUAAAGGGAGGUCAUGGCGUGUGAGUUUCUCUCCAAGAAUGGAUGGUCGUGUAGAUAUUAUAAGCGGGUGGGCAGGUAGAAGGUGAAGCAUGCCACUUUGAAUUCAUCCAAGGAACAGUUACAGGGAAAGUGAACAUAUGCGACAAUAUAUUCCGAGUUGCGGGAUUCGGAGAACUCGCUCGCUUCUCUAAUGUUAUACCUAUGGCCUUCUCCGGCUUGCCAACUUCGAUGGUGAAGAUGUUAGCUUGUAACGCAGAGACCAGCGUAUCUGAAACUGAUGCUGCACAAAUCACUUCUUCUCUUCUCUGUAAUACAAAUGGACCAAAUGAUCGACUUAGGAAUGCAUUUUAUGCUUUUGAAUUGUAAAUAAGAUUAUCCAGUAGUCUUUUUUA